AUGCAGUUGGAUAACGUCAAUCCCGGGAACAUGCACUCUUUCCAGGGCCACCGCGGAGUGGCCAACAAGCCCAAUGUCAUCCUUCAGAUAGGGAAGUGCAGGGCUGAGAUGUUAGACCAUGUCAGGAGAACCCACCGACAUCUCUUGACCGAGGUGUCCAAACAGGUGGAGCGGGAGCUGAAGGGCUUGCAGAAAUCAGUGGGGAAGCUCGAGAACAACCUCGAGGAUCAUGUCCCCUCCGCUGCUGAGAACCAGAGGUGGAAGAAGUCCAUCAAGGCCUGCCUGUCGAGAUGCCAGGAGACCAUUGCUCACUUGGAGAGGUGGGUCAAGAGGGAAAUGAAUGUCUGGAAGGAAGUGUUUUUCCGCCUGGAGAAAUGGGCUGACCGGCUGGAAUCUGGUGGGGGGAAAUACUACCAUGGAGAUCAUCCCAGGCAGACGGUCUCUGUUGGGGUAGGAGGCCCAGAGGUCAGGCCCAGUGAAGGGGAGAUUUAUGAUUAUGCCCUGGACAUGAGCCAGAUGUAUGCCCUGACUCCCCCUGCACCUGCAGAUGUCCCUGUGGUGCCUCAGCCCCAUGACUCCUAUCAGUGGGUCACUGUCCCUGAGGAGGCCCCGGCUUCCCCAGUGGAGACCCAGAUUUUUGAGGACCCCAGAGAGUUCCUGACUCACUUGGAGGAUUAUUUGAAGCAGGUUGGUGGGACUGAGGAGUACUGGCUCUCUCAGAUCCAAAACCACAUGAAUGGCCCAGCCAAAAAAUGGUGGGAGUAUAAACAAGACUCAGUCAAAAACUGGCUGGAGUUCAAGAAAGAGUUUCUGCAGUAUAGCGAGGGGACCCUGACGAGGGACGCCAUCAAACAAGAGCUGGAUCUCCCCCAGAAGGAUGGAGAGCCGCUAGAUCAGUUCCUCUGGAGGAAGAGGGACCUGUAUCAGACCCUCUAUGUCGAUGCUGACGAGGAGGAGGUGAUCCAGUACGUCGUAGGGACCCUCCAGCCCAAACUCAAGCGCUUCCUUACCAGCCAUCCUUACCCCAAAACUCUAGAACAGCUGAUCCAGAGAGGCAAGGAAGUUGAGGGGAACUUAGAGAACUCUGAGGAGCCCAGUCCGCAGAGGACUCCCGAGCACCCUCUGGGUGGCUCCGUGGAGAGCUUGCCCCCUUCCUCUACCGUUAGCCCCGUCGCUAGCGAUGGAACUCAGCCAGAAAUUUCUGCUCUGCCGGCCACUGUGAUCUAA